UACCAGAGAGUGGGAGAGAGUGAGAGAGGCGAGCCUUUGAAUCUCUGCGGUGCAGAGCUGGAAAAGCGGCUUCUCAGCGAAAAUCAGACGCCCUAUUUACUCUGCUUAUUUGCUCCUAUUAUUUUCCUGGAGAAAAAAAAGGACUUACAACCAAGAAGUUGCAACGAGGACUGGUGCCCGUCUCAACGAACAAACGUGGUAUUUCUUUUAUUAUUAUACCCUAUUUAUGUAGAUUUUUUUUGUGAGUACACUUCUACUGAAAAGGACUGAGCUUCUUUUUUUUCCCUUUGCACUGAAGCGCAUUGCUUUCUACCUCCUGCCUGGUCUCUCUGCCAGAUUAUCCCAGUAGAAGUAGGCUAUAUGACGCAAACCGAGAGCAGAGCAUUAGCCUGAAAGUUUUCCUCCACUACUUUUUUUUCGUUUUCCUUUUUUUCCCCCCACCAAUCAUACGGUGUUUCAUGCUACAGCAAGUCAGUGCGCAGCGGUGGAGGAGCCAAAAGAACUAUUGCAUGAAACAAGAAAGGGGAGAAGAGACGCUGAUUAAUAAGUCAGUUUUUGCGACGCUUGCAAGUACAGUUGCAUAUCUGCAAAAAAGUCGCGACAGCAACAUGAGUGCAGAGCUGAGCAUGGGCCCGGAGCUACCCAGCAGCCCUCUGGCUCUGGAAUAUGUCAAUGAUUUUGACCUGAUGAAGUUUGACGUGAAGAAGGAAGGCCUGGCAGGGCUUGAGCGCAACGGGGUGCGCCAGUGUAACCGUCUCCAACCCCAAGGCUCUGUGUCAUCCACCCCCAUCAGUACACCCUGCAGCUCGGUGCCCUCUUCACCCAGCUUCAGCCCCACAGAGCAGAAAAACCACCUAGAGGAGCUGUACUGGAUGCCGAACAACGGCUACCACCAGCAGAUAGACCCGCAGACACUAAGCCUGACCCCAGAGGACGCAGUGGAGGCCCUUAUUGGAGCCACAGCUCACGGCCACCCUCCGCCUCCGCAUGUUCAACAGCAGCUGCAGCAGCAAGGCGCUUUCGAGGGCUACAGGGGCCCGCAUCACCACCACAGCCACCAUGGCCACGGCCAGCAGCACCAUCACCCAUAUGCUGGGGGCAUCCCCCACCACGCCGAUGAACUGUCCGGGCACCCCGGCGGACACAGCCACCCACACAGCCAGCACCACCAUCACCACAGUCAGGACCCCGACAGCCCGUCCCCAGUCUCCCCAGAGUCACACCAGCCGCUCCAUCACCAUCGCCACCAUCAUCACCACCAUCCACACGGCCACCUGAGCCAGUCGGGGGGGCAUCACGGCUCCGGGGGCGGACUCAACGUGGAGGACCGCUUCUCUGACGACCAGUUGGUGUCCAUGUCGGUGAGGGAGCUCAACAGACACCUACGGGGAUUCACCAAGGACGAGGUCAUCCGUCUCAAGCAGAAGAGGAGGACCCUGAAGAACCGGGGCUACGCACAGUCCUGCCGGUUCAAGCGGGUGCAGCAGAAGCACGUGCUGGAGAACGAGAAGACGCAGCUGAUGAACCAGGUGGAGCAGCUGAAGGCGGAGAUCAGCCGGCUGGCAAGGGAGAGGGACGCCUACAAACUCAAGUGUGAGAAACUGACGGGGUCAGGGGCCAAUAACGGGUUUCGCGAGGCUGGCUCAACCAGUGACAACCCUUCAUCACCAGAGUUUUUCAUGUGAGUUGUCAUAAGCCUUUUCUUGUGAACCCCUCACAACAAACUUUCCCCUCCACCCCCCAUCUUUCCUUUCUCCACAAAUGACUGACUGGCUGAUGAACAAACGAUGAUAAUCCACACCUCCCAUACUGUUUAUGAUUAUACUAAUAACGGUAACAAUUAGCCUAUAUUCAUAUUAGAAGAAUAAUCCAUCGAAUAGUAUUCUCAUAUAUAAUCAUCUCUCCAUCCACGUGUCAACUGAGAUACAAAGAGCAAUUUAGAGUGUCUGAUCAGUCGCAGCAUCUUUGUAGAUUAGUUGCUUGUAGUGAAGAGACUUUUUUUUCUUCAAAGAGGAGGAUCGGCUGAUGAACUUUUUUUCCCCCUCCUUUGAGGCUACAGCUUUUAAUAAUCUGUAAGUAGUGUGGGAUGGCGUCGAGGCAGUUGUCUUGUAAUUUUGUUCUCCAAAAAUGAUGACACUGUUAUGAAACAACAAGUAGGCCCGGCCUCGCAGCCCGCAACACUUGAGACUCACAUUCGACAAGUGGGCCCGUAUAAUAGAUGGAGUAAAAAUCUCCAAAAAGCAAGACUCCACUUUAUGCAAAUUUAACUUCUGUCUACUAACCUGGGGGGUGGGAGGGUGGGGGGGUUUGGGACAUUUUAUGCAACAUCUCAUUGAUUUAUUGCCUGCUUGGUUAUAUUCGAAUAUAUAUUGAAACAAAAAAUCUGCAUUAAAUAUUAAUCCUGCAUGCUGGACAUGUACGGUAAUAAUUUCUAUUUUGUACUUUCAUCUUCUCGUGUAUAUUAAGAGCAUGUUGUUGAUCUGCGCUUCUCCAUAGUUUUUGGGGGGUUAGAGAAAUGCAGCGGGGACAGAACAGCAGGACUGCCGGUGCAGUAUCAUAUGGUGUGGGUUUCUUUGGGCUUGUAAAUAUUAUGCAACCGCAAAACUGCACAACAAGAUUGAGGAGGCUGGUUUGAACUUCUUUCUUUCUUUGUGUUGUGAUUUUAUCUCAUUUUAUGAUUUUAUGAUUUUUUUUUAAUAUUCUAGGGUAAUAAUUGUGACAGGAUUGCAUUUUUUCCAGUUGCAUUUAAAUACAACAAACUUUGUGUGUCAAGUGCACUUUUUGGAUAAUUAUUUGUUCAGUUUUCAUUUUGAAUUUUGUGCAAACCUCCCUCCAGGAAGACAUACUAUGAUACUUAUAUUGUAAUAUUAUUCAAGUAAGGCCUACGUGCAAGUUUGAGAGUAAUAUUUGGGCACAUGUGAAGCUGAAAACAUGUGGCCACAAUAUUAUUGGACCCAGAUUGCACAGAAGAGGCUGUUGCGCACCAAGGCGAGGUUACAAGUUUUCUACGUACUGUUAAACAGCAGUAUAAUGUGGGCACAUGCUCUCUGUCAUUUUCAAUUACACGUGGCUUUUGUGGCUCUAAUUCAGAAAGUGCUGUAUUAACUCUCCAAGAAUCCACUGCAAAGGUCUCAUUCCGAUUGGCGGCCACCUGUGGCAUUUCAACACUGGGCCUCAUAUACUGAUGAUUUAUAUUUUUUAAACAAUAUUUAGAAGAAGUGCAGCAACAUACUUGUCAGGAGAUUUAUUAGAGUUAAUAUUUAGAUAAGCGUUUUAAUACAAGGUUUGACUAUUAAUGCUCUAUGUUUUCCUGAUUUUUUUUCUGCCGGUCAGUAAAAAAGGGGAUUCAGGUGGUGCAAAUUCUCAAAAUGAAAACAAUGUGUAUGUUAUGUAAUACAUUUUUUUGUCUUGGUCUUGUGUUUUAUUAUUAUUUGAUGAUUCUGGUUCUGCUGGCCAGAUGCAUAGUUAAAGUUUUUAUUUUCAUGAUUUAAGUUAACAACUGUCAGAUCAUAACGAAUAAGCAUGGUGCUUGCAUUUAAACUAUUGUUGAAAAGUCAUGCAUUUAAACAAUCUUUCGUUUUUUACUGAUUCAACUGUGUUGAAAUCGAACUGAAACUGCAGCAGCGGGUUGUUGUUUUGUUUUCACCAAUUCCAUGUACUUUGCGAUGAUGGGGAUCAAUUUUCAAUCCUGUUUAUAUAAAUAAUAGUUAAACACUUAAAUUUGAACUGUUCCAUUCAGGCUGGUUUCUGUUUUGUCUUAUUUUUUGGUUGUUUUUGGAAGAAAUUGUUUCCUAUUUUGCUUAUUAAAGUCAUUCAAAUGGCAAUAA